AGUCCUCGAGCCGAACCGGAUGACGCGAUUGGUGAGCCUACGCCGUGUGAGCCGCACGCCAGCGCCGAGGAAGACCUCAGCCAAUUGCUCAGCGGUACGGCCAUGGCGGCUGGCAAAGAGGCGCGCGCCUCGAGCGCCCCUUACGGUGGGAAUUACAACGUCGCCAUUUUUGCGGCCCUCACCACCGGCGCCACCGUGGGCAUAGUGCUGCGCUUCCUGUCUACCAAGCCAUGGCCUGCACGACACGUCAUGUACCUGGCGUUCCCGGGCGAGUUACUGCGGCGCAUGCUGCGCGAGGCGGCGCUCCCUCUGAGCGCGUCGAGCGUGAUCGCUGCCGCGGGUACCAUGCAGCGGCCGCUGUCGCUGCGCGUCGCCUGCUUCUCGCUCCUCUACGCGCUCGUCGUCAAGAUGGCGUCGCAGGGGAACGCCGUGCUCACCACGCUCGCGGUGCAGCCGGGACGCGUCCUCGAGGCCGGCGACCUCCAGCGCCUGCUCGACGCCGUGCCGCCGCACGCACGGGUGCACGAGCCUCCGUGGAACGGCACCGCCACCGACGUGCUCUACGACCUCGCCAGGUCAUCAUCCACCUGCCCCACGGGAUGGUUGGGGGACUGCUACCGCGGAGCUUCCUAUACAAAAGUUACUAGAGGGAACUCUGACGCUGCGAUCGUUGCACUACUAUAG